AUCUCUGGUUGACUUCUCUGCCUCUCUGCUCUCUCUAAUUGUAGAAGAAUACACAAGCCAAAGAAAAACUUGAUAGCCACUUUCACUCGUGAUUUUGGCCGAUUUAGAAUUGGAUUUCGAAGAUGAUGAAGUUGAAGAAAAGAUAGAUUAUGGCAUAAUUUUAGCACUUGGAGGAGUCAUCUGGAGUCAUUUAGAGCUUGAGGAGUAGGAUUUGCGUAGCGAAGUGAACAACGAAGUUGAAGAUCAAGGUAAAAUAAUUCAUCUUAGUAGCAAACAAGGAGGAGAUGACGUGAUUGAAGAAAUUGUGUUUCCAUCUUCGCCGUCCCUUUUGAGGUUGACUCCGUUCAUAUAGUACUGGUGACGGAAAUUUAUUCGAACUAUUUGGACUCUUAAUUGCAUUCGCAAGCACAUCCAUAUUGGAGCUAAGACAUGUAUGGUGGUUAGGUACUAUGGAAAAUUUAGUAGUGUACUAUGGGAACGUCUUACGCGACGGUCCUUUCGGGGUGGAUGUGUCCUUGUGCGAGUCGACUACAGUUGUAGUGAGAGACAUGGUCAACGUGGGUUACACAGUAGUUAGAAGGUGCAUCCGAGUGGUGUUUGGCCCAGGGAUGCAGGAAAAAAAUGACAAUGGAGGCCUUCAUCGUUGACAGAAGAAAUGAUGGGACAGUUGCCCGUUGGGGUUUGCGGCCUGCCACAGGUGAUUGGUCAUGGGGGUCGUACAUGAGGUUUGCAAGCAAUCCCUAUCACAGCCCUAAUUGAAGAAACUUGGAACCGGACCCUGUCAUACUUUGCAGACAGGGUCACCGUCGCCAAAGCACAAGUUGAAUUGAACAAGCCAUGGUCCAAAAAGAUGCAAAGACAUCUGGACGAGAAGGCAAAGAAGUCCCAAAAUCAUGGCUGCAGGAAAGUGGACGCACUUAGGAAUAAGUGGGAGGUCAAUGUGCGAGCUAAGUACGUUAAGGGUCACCAUAGAGGAUCAAAUGGCUCAACCUCCUGUGAGUGCACUUGUAACAAGCCCAAGCUUGAGGGCUACCCUUGCAGUCAUGUGCUCCGGGCGGCUGCUAAUCAAAAAAUCAGCGUCGAGCCAUACAUAUCGCCAUACUUCAACAUGUACAAUCUGUACAACACUUGGAACGGUGAGUUCUGGGCUUGGGGCAUUGAUAUGAACUACAAAAUGUUGUGGCCAGAUGGGCCGAAAUGGGUUCUGAACGCCGACUUGAUGAGAACCGCAAAGGGACGACGUCAGUUUAGGCGUCAUCGCAAUGACAUGGACGAUAGCCAGAUGGGAGAACCAAGGCGAUGCCGCGUUUGCAGGUGUCCUGGACAUUCACGCAGAGAAUGCCCGUAUCGAGCCACCAACAACGCAUGAUGUUGAUAUAUAUGUACUUGCUAUGUCUAUUUAUAUUUCUACUUGUUAUGUGUACUUAUAUUAAAUUUAAAUUGAAUCUCUUUGUAUUAUUGUACUCGUGAUGUUAACUUCAGAUAAUUAAUGUAAAUCGUAUCUCUUUGUAUUUUUUAAGUUAAUUUUGAUUUGCAUUUGUAUUUGCGUCUUCCUCGUAAUUUAUAUUUGUAUGUUUGUGUGGAGAUUAUGGGUGAAGUGCCAGUGCUUUUGCAGGGGCCCAAUGACGCUGGCCACCGUUGCCACCUAUUUUUGAACCCAAAUACUAAGCAUAAUUAUCGGCCUUUCAGACUUCGAACCAUAAAGAAAACAUCGCCAAUACACAAUGCUUUCCUUGCUCACCUUGACGCUUAUGGACUACAAGAUUUUGCUAGGCUCACAUCAUGCGACGACCAAGUACGUUCGGACCCAUCCCUUUUGACAUCCCUCGUUGACCGGUGGAGACCUGAAACCCACACCUUUCACUUUCGUUUUGGGGAGCUUGCACCUACACUGAAAGAUGUUUCUAUGAUCACUGCUCUACCAAUUAGAGGCGAGCCGUUAGUCUCUCCACGAGUGUAUCCAUCUUGGGCAUUAGAUAUAGAAUCCCGUCUUGGGAUGGAAAUACCAGAAUCACAACGUUCUGGUGGCCCUCGGGGCAUCCCACUCGUCUGGCUUCAUGAUAACUUUCGUAUUUUAUCUAGCUUCGCCAAUGAGGAGACGAGAAAAAGACAUCUGUUUGCGUAUUUGUUGUGGCUCCUCAGGACUCUGUUUCCAAAUUCACAUGGGGACGUUGUUGUCCCUGGUCUCAUCUACAUUGUAGAGAAUAUGGUAGAUGAACCUUUACCCGAGCAGCCAAAAUGCAGCUUCGGUUCUGCCAUGCUAUCUCAUACAUACAGAGGCUUGUGUGAUGCCACGCAAAAAACCUCUUUCGCACAAAAAUCUCCAUUACUUUGUGUCGCAUAUGAGUUUCUACAGUUGUGGUCCUGGGAAUACCUCCCUGUAGGACGACCUCGUAUAGUACAACCCGUACACCCAUACGACUUUAGCGAGUGUGGCAGCGCAACUAUGGCCACCAGCUGGACAAAGGCACGGAAACGUUGGUCUCCAGAUAUUGCGAAAAAUUGUUACCCUAUGUACCACCAGCAGUUUGAGAUACUUGAUGAGGCAGAAGUCACAUGGAACCCGUGGACUCAGGACCAUCUACAAAUGGUCUUUGCUGCUCGACACUUCACACCAGGCAUGUUGAGCGAUAGUGCAUUCUGGCUGACUCGCUGCAACUUAUUGUUCCUGUGGUGUGUUGAGCCUUACAACCCAGAGCGUGUAAUGAGACAGUUCAGUCUCUAUCAAGAAAUUCCACCACCUUUUCCAAGACGUAUCGACGAGGAAACCCAUAAGCUAACCAAUAUGGGCAGGGGUUGGAGUUUAUACGAUUGGAGGGAACAGAACAUUCAUUGGAUACACAAGUGGGAAAAUGAAGCGCUAGCAGAUAUAGUGCAUCAACAUAGACUGUAUGAUGGAAGUACAGAUCAAGCGUACAAGCAGUGGUACUGCAUGAACACACGUGCUAGCCUGGCCAGUCAGCCAACUACUCUUCGUCAGGGGCUGACAUCUCAGGACCAUGGCACGGGCUUGGAUUCGAUGCCCGAGCAGACUCUUUCCCCUAACCCAUAUGCGUACACAGGAUAUGAUGCAUACACCCAAGGUGAGGAAUCUCAGUCGUAUCUCUCCACGCGAGGGAUCUCCAUGCCCGAGGAGACUCGUGUACCAGAUUUAAACCAGCACCACGUACCAUGGCCAGACAGUACAGGCGAGGGAUCUGAUCAGGACAUACCUGAUGUUAAUUGGGGCGAUGAGAACACCCAACGUGGCGUCAACACAGGCCUCCGGGGAGCAUCACAUGAUCAUGGCGACACCGUUACAUCAUUAAUUACAGAGUUCUUCGGAGGGGACGUUAUUGGGCCAUCUUUUAUCCCCGCAGAGUCACAACCAUACACCUACAAUUAG